UAUCAUCGUGCACUCGAGAUAAGAUAGUAUGCGAACAAAAUCAAAACUUAGUCAUAAUAUCCAACUUGCUUUGUAUAGCGUUUACUAGUUCUUAAAAAGAAAAAAACAAUGGAAGUGGACGGAGUUGUACCGGACACCUUGGACUCGGUUCCAUCCGCCAAAAUAACCGUCACUUACCCGAAUAACCUGCAAGUGGAAUUCGGGGGUGAGUUAACCCCUUCGCAGGUUAUCGAACAACCGCAGGUGACAUGGGAGGCUGAUUCUGAUAAAUAUUACACUUUAAGUAUGGUGGAUCCUGAUGCGCCUUCUAGGGACAACCCCAUUUAUAGGGAAAUUAAUCACUGGUUGGUGGUAAACAUCAAAGGAAACGACUUGUCUACCGGUGAAACUAUCACCGCUUACGUUGGUUCGAGACCCCCGAAGCAUUCGGGGCUUCACCGGUACAUCUUCAUCGUUUUCGAACAUAACGAGAAAAUCCACGUAACCGAUGAGAAUUUGGAUACUGAGCGAAGGAAUUUUUUGAUCAAAAGGUUCGCUAAGAAGUACAACCUGGGCAAGGCUUACGCGGGGAAUUUUUAUAAGGCUCAGUGGGACUCUUCUGUACCCGAUAUGAAGCGCUAAUAUCCGUUUGAUUAUUUAAAUUAUGCUUAUUUUUUAAUAUUAAAUAAAUUGUUUUUUUCUUCAA